AUGUCGGACAGAUCCCCCCCCCCAGUGCCGGGCCACCUCCCCUCCUCCUUCGACACAGACGCGGACUUUCACAAUGAACGCCCCAUGCAAAAAGUCGUUCGCAAGCUCAAAGAGGAGCCCCUCGUGCCUCUCGGCAUCGGCCUCACCGUCUUCGCCUUUGUCAACGCCUACCGCGCCAUCCGCCGCGGCGACUCGCACCAAGCCAACAGGAUGUUCCGCGCUCGCGUGGCCGCCCAGGGCUUCACCGUCAUCGCCAUGGUCGCAGGGAGCAUGUACUACAGCCAGGACCGCCAGAAGACCAAGGAGCUGCGCAAGCUCAAGGAGGAGAAGGAUGCGGAGGAGAAGCGGCAGAGGUGGAUCCAGGAGCUGGAAGCCAGGGACGACGAGGAGAAGAGGAUGCGGGACCGGUUGCGAAGCAUGAGGCCGAGGGGGGCUGGCGUCGCUGCGGAGUCCCAGGAUCAACAGGGCGCAGAGGCGCAGGGUACGGGUGGAAUCCUGGGCAAGAUGGGCCUGUGGAAGAAAGGAGAGGAAAAGGCGGAGGAGGCUCGCGUGAUGGAUGACAAGGGCAAGAGGCAGAAUCCCAAGAGCUCGUUGGGGGCUAUUGGGGAGGUGUUGAACAAGGACAAAGAGAACGAAACCAAGAAAUGA